AUGUCAACUUUAGCAGUUAAACCUUGUCCUAAUGUGCCCUACUUUACUCCACAACAACCAGUCUUAGGACAAUUCAUUAAAUACAAUGAUAACACAAGAGGUCCACCACCUAAAUUAUUUGAAUCAUUAAAAAUCCGUGGUUUAACAUUCCCUAAUAGAAUAGGUGUAUCACCUAUGUGUACUUAUUCCUCAGACAACAACGAGCCUACCGAUUUCCACCAAGUUCAUUACGGUGCCUGGGCAACUAGAGGCUGUGGUAUGAUUGUUGUCGAAUGUACCGGUGUGGAUCCUGAUGGUCUAACUUCACCCAAUGACCUGGGACUCUGGAGUAAGCAUCAAGCUACUAAGCAUUUUCAAAAGAUAGUUGAGUUUGCCCACAGCCAGAAUACCAAUAUCGGAAUUCAGUUGGGACACUACGGUUUAAAGAAGGACAUCACUGCAAUGGCCGACGAAGAACAGUCAUUGUACCGUCCUCAUGAGUACACCAAGAAAAUGAUUCAAGAUAUUGUUAAGAAAUGGGGCCAUGCCGCCAAGCUAGCUGUGAACAAUGCUCACUAUGACUUCAUUGAAAUUCAGGCUGGCCACGGGCAUCUCAUCAGUGAAUUCAUGAGCUGUGAAAAAAAUAUGAGAGAUGACGAGUAUGGAGGAGGUUCCUUUGCCACUAGAGUUCAAUUGUUGAUGGAUGUAGUCGAUGAGGUGAGGAAGAACAUUGGGGAUCAAGUUCCUAUAUUUUUGAGAUUGUCGACGGCUAGUUCGAUGGAAGAGAUGAGCCGUGACGAGUGGUCGAUUGAAGACACAAUCAAGCUAUCUAAGGAAUUGUACGAACAUGGAGUUGAUGUAUUGGAUAUAACUGGCGGUGGCCAUCAUGUUAACGAGAUGAAAGCACCAUCCCAUCGGAUCAAGAUGAUCAAGUCACAGACACCUGAAGGGUUGAAACUGGCCUCUCCAGGAGGAAUACACAGUGGCCGUGAAGCCGAGAUGUUAUUCGAAGAAGAAAAUUUAGAUAUCUUGCUAGUCGGACGCCCAUUUUUAGAGAACCCAGGAUUGGUAUGGACCUGGUGCGAUGAGAUGGGAAUCAGUGUUAAUGAAGCGGUCCAAUACACAUGGGGAUUUUAUCCAGACAAAGCCCAUUUAAUGAAGAAAAAAUGA